AUGAUGGGUGGUGGUGGAGGCUCCUCUUUUGAAAACUCGUUUCUUGUACUUUCCGACAAAGAGAAACGCGCUGCAUAUGACAGACAUGGGGAAGAGGGAGUGAAAAAGAUGAUGGGUGGUGGUGGAGGUGGGCAUGAUCCUUUCUCCUCAUUCUUCGGCGACUUUUUCGGAGGUGGUCACCACGAUAACGGAGAAGAAGAAAGGCUGAGGGUAUGCUUUACUCUUCAUACAACCAAAUUUCGAUCCAUUACUUCUUCUUCAUCUGUUCAGGGAGCUGACGUCGUUUUCGACUUGUUCGUCUCUUUGGAAGAAGUUUAUGUCGGUCACUUCGUGGAAGUGAAACGGAAGAAAGCCGUUUACAAACAAACAUCAGGAACGAGGAAGUGUCGCUGUCGGGCCGAAAUGCGCACGGAACAAAUUGGAAUGGGACGAUUCCAAAUGUACCAAGUUGAGGUAUGUGACGAGUGCCCGAAUGUUGUGCUCACUCAGGAAACGAGAACAUUAGAGAUUGAAGUCGAGGUCGGAGCACAUGACGGCCAUGAACAAGUUUUUGUUGGCGAAGGCGAACCUCACAUUGAAGGGGAACCUGGCGAUUUGAAGAUCAGAAUAAAUGUUGAGAAACACCCCAGAUUUGAACGGAAGGGUGAUGACCUCUACACUAACGUGACGAUCUCACUUCAAGAUGCUCUAAAUGGCUUCAAAAUGGAGAUAGAACAUCUUGAUGGUCAUAAGGUGACUGUGGAACGCGAAAAA